GUCCUCGUCCUCGGGGUGCUGCCCCCCGCCACCGCCUUCCCCUGUGGAGCCCCGCACCCCAACAACGCCACAGGAUCCAAGCUCCUGGGGCCGUGGCUGUACGUGGCCGGGGCCGCCCAGUUCCCCCAGCACCUCCUGGAGCUGCUGCUCAUCGACCACGGGCACCUGGACGUGCGGCCCCGCGCCGGGGAGCAGGAGCUGAGCGUCACCCAGCGCGUGGCCGUGGGGGACCAGUGUCUCACCAACAACUCCACCUACUUCAGGGUCUCUGCUGGUAACGCCACGCUGGUGAAGCACGCCAAGACCCAUCAAACCCUGGGGAUGCUGAUGAACCUCAGCUCUGAGGACGUUUUACUCAUCCAGUACCAACUACAGAGGGACAGGACGUACGUGGGACUGUAUCUUUAUGCCCGAAACCUGAACGUGAGCACGGACCAGCAGGAAGAGUUCCAGCAGCUCGCCAGUUCCACUUAUCCAUCCUUCUUGUUUUGGAAGGAGCUGUGUCAAAUGAAAGACAUGGAAGAAGGAAACAGCCCCUGUGCGGAGCCCGCGGCUGCGGUCACAGCGUCACCUCCUCCGGGUACCCACCGGCCUCGCAGUGCGGGUAACUGA